AUGCCGCGAGCAUCAUUGAUGGACACGCUGCUCAAUCGGCCCUCGCAGUCGUACGCCGAUCCCUCGACGUUGACGUCGGGCUAUCGCAGCAGCUAUGCCCCUUCGCAGCCCUCUUACGCCAGCUCCGUGCCCGGCACGGACUUUACUACUUCCAGCAAGCACAAAAAGUCCAAGCGCGCAGGAAAAGGUCUCUCUCGAAACUAUAGUGUCAGCGUCGGCGCUGGGCCUGCGCCCAACAUUCUUACCGUCGGCACGUCCGCCGGAUUGAUAGCCUGUGGAGAGGCGCGGCACCCAACCGACUUACCCAAUGCGCUGACGCAACCGAGCCUGCUGCAGGGUGACAUGCUCACGCUCGGUGGUGGCCUCGCGUGCAUGAGAAAUGCCAGACCCAGUCUGCAAGGAGGCUAUUGCUUCGAGCCUGUGCACCCUUCCGCACCCGCACCCAGCGUCGCAGUCGUCGCAGCGGGCAUGCCCGACUUGCAGAAAGGGAAAGAACGCUCCGUCGCGGGUGGGCCCAUCUCUGCGCGGCCGCCUCUGGGCUCGAUUGGCGAAAGCCCAAUGAGGGAGGUUCCAGGCGUCGGCGGUGGUGCAGGGAGAGGGCAAGGUGGUCUGGACGGUCGCGGAACGUGGGGCCCGAUUGGCGAAGCGAUGGCUGUGGGACCGCCUCCGGACCGAGAUGCGUCUCAGGCUGGCAGUGCCCGCUCGCGCACCUCAUGGUUUUCCUCGCUGUCGCGCAGCAAAGGCAAGAAGAGGGACAACGAGCGCACACUGGUACACAUGAGGUCCAGUCCGCACAUCCGCGGCGCCAUCAUCGACUCGAGCGUCGCCCCGAGCCAGACGGCCGCUUCCAACGCUGGUGGAAGAGAUGGGACCAUUUGCGUCUCGUCAUCGGGGAAGAACAGCGGCAAAAAGUGGUGGCAGCGCAAGAAUAGCGACGACGCGUACAGCUCGCCCGCCAGCCCCAACGCGCUGGAGGGCCACUUCUCCCUGCCACUCAGAGACGGCGCCGCAGGCCUCGCAGGCGUCGGCGCUGCGAAUGCGAAACUAAACCACUUUGCACAGUUCUAUGGAGCCGAGCCUUCCUUUUUGCGGAAUGGAGCUGCACAUGGUAUGUGUCCGAAGGGUGUGCACAACCAGGCCGACUCAGCGCCUGACUGGUCUUGUCUCGCUCGCCGCGGCUGCCCGACUCCUUCGGCAUUACCACUACCCGCGCAAGACCUGGAUAAGAUUCGCGCCAUGACAGCAGCCCAGGCGAGAGCCAGCCUGCCGCCCACCGGUACCGGCACACUGUCGCGCAAAGGAGCAGCGGUGGCUGCCAAGCAGGCUACGAGUGCCGCGGGUAUCGCGCCGCUUGGGCAACAGCCCGCGUCGCUCGUGCAGCUUGCGGCGGGGCCCAAGCUCGCCAGGUCCAACUCCAACGUCAGCGCCGGCACGUUUGUCACCGCGACGCCGUCCAUGCAAUGGCGGUCGGUCAGCGAGGCGGGCGACGACGCCAGCGGCCGGCUGCUCCGUGCGCGCUGGUCAAUGAGCAGCCUGCGUGACGCGCGCGCGGCCGCUUCAUCCUCCCCUCCUGCCCUACCUGGCCGAGUGCUACGCAAGCGUGCAAGCCACUUCGACUGGAACUCGUUCAUUUCCUCCGUCUCCGGCACCGACAUCGCAAAGACGUGGGAGCGCCCCGGCGAGUCACUCGUCGUUGCGCCGCCGCCAGUUGCCUCCGCCGCGUUGCGCAGAGCUAGCUUCUCUGAGGGAGGCACCGUCACGGGCUAUACACCCAACUCAACUGCCAACGGCGUUGGAAGGCGGCGCAGCGUCGUCGAGCGCGUUCGCAAGGAGCUUGAGGGUGACGCCCAAUUCGACCUCCGCCAAACCGAGGCUGGCGCCGCGCUCGAGCAGGGCAACCUCCUCGCCUGCGCAGCCGCCAACGUCGUUGGCUCUGCCCCGCCCAUCCUUGCGCCCUCGCACGGAGGAUAUGCAGUGUUGACUGAUCCUCCGUUCGCCCACACCACUUUCGCUGGCACUACCGCCGCAGUCGACCCCAUCCCGCGAGCCCUCUCGCCGGGCAUCAUUCUCCCGCACGCAGCGGCCGCCAUCCCCGGCGUACAAACGCUGCCACUCGAGUACGACGCGCCGCCAUCGGAAUUAUCCAGCCCGCACAGCCCGGGCUUCCCACCGCCUUUACGCGCUUACUCACCCAUCGGCUCGUCCACGCCGCCCUCGGGUCGCGUAGUCGACUUUAUGGGUCGCGCGUCGCUUGAAGAGCCGUAUGUGGCAAUUUCCGACGAGGGGCAUGACGUGGAAGAGCAGCAGCAGCAACAGCGCGAAUGGAUCAGGCGGCAUUUCGACGAUAUGAGAGACAUGCUCGGGCUUGGAGGGAAUGUCACUCUCGACCGGAGCCUCCCGCCCACGCCGCCAAACAUGACGCCGGUCAUUCCCGAAGAGAGCGAAGGGUCCAGCGGAGAGGAAGUGAUGUGGACUUUAUCAGACGAGUCCUCUUCUGACGAGGACCACAAAUGCGAAGGAGCCAUGUCGCCGCUGGGCGUUCUUCCGGAGGAGAGCGAGGAUGACUCGGGUAGCGAGAGUGGGCAAAAGACUGGGCAGGCGCCGCUGCGCCAUGACGAGAUGCGACCGCUUGCGCUGGGCAACAUCACGAAUUCAGCCAAGAGGCUUGCAGCGUUCGAUGCCGUGCUCAAGCGCAAUACUGCGAUGGGCGCUCGCCCUGAAGACAGUGUCGGGAUAGGCGUGCCACUGGUUACGCCCAGACCGGUACAUGCGAUGAUCGACGAGCGCGCACUUCUUGACUCACCCACCAGCGGUGCCGCCAAGAAAAAUCUGCAGUCAGCGAUCGACACGCCCGACACGCCCAUGAUCAAAUCUGCACCUUCGCCUGACGCAAUCCAGGCAGCGCCGCAACCCGAAGCGCCGCCCACGCCCAUGAAGGCGAUGCCGAGCGAGGAAACGGUGGCGAGCCCGACAACAGAGCGCGCCAAGUCUCCCGCCAGCGACAGCCACCGCACCGCCAAGAGCGUCGCUUUCGGUGGCGCCAUCGAUGACAGUGCGCAUGCAGAUGCCUCAGCAGAGGACGAGGGAGUCGAGACAGGGAAUGACGACGCGCAGCAGCGCCCUGCGAGCAUGCGCCAGCGACUGAGCGACUUGUCGCUUGGCACGUCCUUUGGAAUGACCGCGCUCAUCAAUGGCCAUGACCAAGUCAUGUCGCGUUCCUCUUCUCGCGCCUCGCGCCACUCCAGCUCGGACGAAUACCCCGGUCUGCAGCAACGAGCGCAGGCCGAGCAGGAUCGUCUGCGAAGUAUGAAGGUUGGCGAAGAGUUCUUUGGUCCGAGCUUGACUGCAAUUUUGGAUCGCUUCGGCGCGAGCGACCUCUCCGAUGAUGCGCUCAGUCGUGUCAUCGAGACGGCCAGUCUCGCACCCGGGCCGGAAAAGCAGCAGCAGAUUCAAGACGUCAUCAAUGAUGUGCGCCAGCAGCGCAACACAGCUCCGGAUACCAAGACGAUUGAAAGUGCCAUGAGUGGGCUCGUGCCAAGCAUUGUCGCCGCAUGGGUCUUGAAUGAGAAGAUCAACGACGUGGACGGUGUAGUCCUCACUCCUUCCACCACCGAAUCAACCAUUCGGUCAACCUCCACCUCAUUCAACGACCUCUUCACUGCGCCUUCGAUGCCAACUCCACAAGCCAACGCGACUCCCGCCAGAGUAAGCGUUCUGGAUCGGCCUAGGAAACGAAUGCCUCUGCUAACAGAGAUGGGCGGUAUCUCUGUCGCUCAAGGCCAUCUGCUUGCAGAAGCCUCAACCCUGCCGCUCCGAUCGCAAGAAGAUGAUCCUAAGACUCUCCCAAAUGCAAACAAAUAUCCUGCCCCUUUGGCUACGACCACCGCGUUGCCUCCUGCCACACCUGCUCCGGCCCUCACUCCGGCCAUCGAAACCACAGUUGAUCAGGAGUCGAUCCAAGCCAAGAAGGAGGAGAAAGCAGGCAGUGCUGGAAAACCGCCACCGGUGAAAUCAGCCAUGAAGGUGGGCAAGGAGAAACCCAGUCUGGCAGAUACCCUCUUCAAUUUUCCGCCACCCACUACUCCCAUAGUGUCAGCGGUAGAGCGUCUGCCCAUUAGUGAGACAAUGGUGGACGAGCAGCUUGUCGAUCAGGCCCUUGCAGUAGCUCCGCCUACUCUACGAAUCGGCAUCUCUGACGAGAACGGCAAUGCGUCAGCCACCCCUAGCAGCGCUGACGGCUCCGAUGCCUACUCGCUGCACAGUGCCUCUGAGGCGGAACUUACCUCUACGCAUCCCCAUUUGGAGGUGUUCCACACGCCAAACGGAACACCCGCGGAAGAAAGGGAGCAGGACUUGAGCAGGCCCGGAGGAUUUGCGCAGUACGUGACCGCCAACGAUCUGACUGCCCCCGCAGUGCUCAUGCGCCGUCGUUCGAGCAGACGCAAACGCAAAGUGUCGGAAAACCCCAGCCUCAAAGUCGCAUCCAUGCAACGCUCUGAACCUUCCUCCGUUGACGAUGAGUCGAUUAUGCCGGACAGUGUAAAUCGCAGAUCUAUCGACACAACCAAGACCGAGUCCGACACAAAGACCACUCGCGAAGAACGGCGAAGCGUUGAGCAGGAGCAGGAAAAAAAUGAGUCUCUGCAGGCACCACAACUGAUACCACCAGCCAUGCCUAUAUUCUGUGGCGCUGCCGCAGUGCCCGGCUCGGCCAUACCCGGCUUCUCCCCAGUGGGUGCAGCCGCCGCCCCCGGUUCGGCCAUCUCACCAGCAGUUGAGGCCUCGAGCUCGGCCCACAUUUCAUCCGACGAUUGGUCAAAACCAAACUUUGGAAAUUUUGAUUCAGCCAUAAGUGCAUCCCUCGCAUUUACACCCUCAGUGGCUCUGCCCUCGGCGGUUCUGAAGGGCACAGAAAAACGACUGCCUAUGCCGCCCGCGCCUGACUUUGUUGUGAAUGUAGGGCGCGCGGAUGAUCGAACGCCACUCGCACAGCCAAUAGGCCCUACCUUUGGAAUUCAGCUGAUACCUCCGACGCCGCCAGCGCUUGAACAUCGGCCUUCGUAUGGGCUAGCAUCGGCCCCGUCUUCUGGUGACUUGGCGACACCGCUGGCUGAGGAGCCUGGAGACGUAAAUGUUUCCAACACCCUGCAGCACACCAAGUCGUCCGCAUCGAUGAAAAAGCGCCGCUCAUGCACCUACGAAGUGUCACAGCAUGCGGACCUGUCGCUGCCACCGGGCUUGUCGGCGACGAUCGCUUUCAGCCCCCGCGAGAAGAGCGAUGCCUCAGGCUUGGCGGCCUCGACCGGCUCUGUUUCCGCUGUCGCAGCACGACCCCUCAAAGGCUUGCCCAGCCUCGCCCAGUAUGCACAUUUCGGCGCGGCUCCCGUCGCAGCCUUCAUGGAACCCCCGUCGAGGCGCCUCAGCCUUACGCCUUCGUCCAUGUCUGGUCAUGUGUCCUCUGCAUCGGCGUCCUCUCCUUCCCUGCGUUCGCCCAGUCCCGUCCCGCCUUCUGUGCCUUCCAAGGAUCUCCGCGAAGCAGCGCUUCACAAGCUCUCCCUACCUUCCAGUAAAGGUACCACUGCAGCCUCCUGCUCGAGUAGCUCUUCCGAUUCACCGUCCAUUUCACCAGCGCCGAGUGCUUCCGGCCGCUCGUCUCGUUCGCAGGUUCACUCCGCCUCGGCCUCCAGCUCAGAAGUUUCCCUCAGUGUCUCGCCUGGGCCUUACUCGCGCAAAACGAGGCAGUCUUCCCAUUGUGCUCUUGGCAGUGCCAGGCCAGCGAUGGACUCCAUCAAUGAAUGGGAGAGUAGCGUGCCGACCAGCCCCGCUCGCAAAGCACCGCUGAUCACCCCCGGCGCUCCAUACUAUGGCACCGCAUCGACGACCACGCGCAGCGUCAGCUCUGUCGACACCGGCCUGUUGUCGGACAAUGCCAAGCAAGCGCAGCUGGCUACCCCGGUGUCCGCCUUGCUGGAGCCGCCGGGCGUGCGCUCCCGCCGCAGUCUCGACUCGGUCCGAGGUCCGAUGAGCCUGGACGGCCACUCGAAUGUGCUGUCCACUCAUCCGCUGUCGGAGUAUUCCAGCGAGUCAUCGCAGUCGGUCGCAAGCCUGCCAGCGGUCCUCGUCUCGUCGUAUAAGCCUAAGAAGGAUCCGAAGAAGAUCAGCAACGUACUGGAUGACAUGCUCCACACGCGGACGACCAUGACGACAAUUGCCAUUACCAGCGGCUCCUCUGCUGCAAAAAACGCCAAGCGCAUCAAGCCAGCUGGCGAUAAAGUCAGCGAGCGAGGCUCUGCGGAACUGCCUGAGCAAUUGCGCGAUGGGCUCACGUCUGCCAAUAUUUCUCUCACCGCGCACACGCCGCCGCCCCGCAAGAUCUCCUCGACGCAGGUCCUGUGUCAGGUCAUCGCGGUCGCAAUCGACGAGAUCGACCGUAUGAUUGUGCGCGAGAAGAUCCGGACUGACUCUGCGUACGGGUUUGUGCCCGGCAGGAGCUUUUGCGGGAGGGUCGUCGAAGUCGGUUGGGAGGUCAAAGACUUUCGCAAGGGUGAUGUUGUCUUCGGUCUGCAGGAGGCACGAAAGUGUGGGGCGCUGGCUGAGUUCAUGACGAUCAAUCGCUACCUCGUCGCCAAAGCACCAGAAGACUGCCUGACCACCGAGCAGAUCGCAGCGCUGCCGUCUACCGGUGUGAUGGCGUUUCAGAUCAUGCGUGAUCACUGCAGCGAGCUUCCUCGCGGGUCUCGCGUGCUCAUCCUGAAUGCACAUGACGGUAUCGGAUUGCUGACCAUGCAAGAGUGCGCCGGCCUCGGCCUGAUCAUUGUUGCCCAGUGCCCGCCAAGUGCGAAUGAUGGCUAUGCAAUCUGCCAGGCGAAUGGCGCCCAUGAAGUCAUCGUUGGCGAGCCGCUCUGGGCCGUCAAUUUGCUCCACGAGAGCAGCUUUGACUUGGUCCUGGACACGAUCGGAGGACGCAAGCUGUACGAUGCGUCGCGGCGCAUCCUCUCCUCCGCAGGGCAAUACGUGACCUGCUUUGGUGACGAGCACACGACGGCGAACCCGGACUUGCGCUCGCACCUCCGCUCGCUCCGCCGCGCAUUCUUCAAAAAGGACCGCAAGCACAUUGGCUACGAGUGGGUCGGUGCCGACUCGGGCGAGGACUGUCGAGAGGCGCUCGAUGCGGUGCGUCGCGCUGCAGAGGUCGGACACAUCUGCCCGCGCCUCGGUAGCAUUCUCGCCAUGGAAGACGGCGCGCGUGCGUUUGACCCGGUUCUGCGCGGCACACAGGAUACCGCCGCUGGCGCCAUCGUCGUACGCGUCAGCUGAGCGGCUUCCUGGCCUUUCCUCUUGCUUGCUUUCCACGCCUCCCACGCUCCAGAUAGCUUCUUCAUUUUUAUUUAUUUCGCACAUCUUGCGAAAUCGAUGUCAUGUGUUGUCGCCUUGCAGGACGGCGCAGUAAGCAGCAUUCUCGUUUUUUAGAUUUCGGAUGAAGAGCAUUGCACCCUCAUUCUCUUUUUGAGCUAUGGAUUCUACUUAGAUGCCCCUCUGUACACCAAUAAUACAUGCAUCUUGCGAAC